AUGCAGCAGGCAGAGCAGGACGAGCCCAGAGCUCUGCUCUCCCACGGCCUCAUUCCCUCCAGCCCGGCCGGCCCAUCCAUCUCCCUGCGGCCACGGCUGCCAUGCCACCUCCCGGUAUCGAGCAGCAAGAUGAGAAGGACCCUCCCAGUGCUGGAGCUGGAAUCUGGGGCUGGAAACAAGGAGCGUGGAACAUGCAGCGAGGAGCAGACCUGUCCAUCCUGUGCCCUGGCCUUCUUGUCCACCAGCCUUGGGAUGCUCACACCCACAGAGGCCCACUCCCUGCCCAUGACCAACUCCAGUUGGGAGCCUCGGCUGGGGACAUCGUUCCCAUCAGGCCAGUGUGCCAGCUCCGCCGAGGACCAAGCUGUGGCCAGGCCUCCUGGGGAGGGCCCCAAGAACCCGCGUGUGUCCGGCGUAAUGGUUCAGCUGGAGAUGAAGCCCUUGUGGGAGGAAUUCAACCAGCUGGGCACCGAGAUGAUUGUCACCAAAGCGGGCAGGCGGAUGUUCCCCACUUUUCAGGUGAAAAUCCUGGGCAUGGACACGCUGGCGGACUAUGCUUUGCUCAUGGACUUCAUCCCGCUGGACGACAAGAGAUACAGGUAUGCCUUCCACAGCUCUGCCUGGUUGGUGGCGGGUAAGGCUGACCCCGCCACCCCUGGCAGGGUACACUUCCACCCUGACUCGCCGGCCAAGGGCGCCCAGUGGAUGCGUCAGAUCGUGUCCUUCGACAAACUCAAGCUGACCAACAACCUGCUGGAUGACAAUGGCCACAUCAUCCUCAACUCCAUGCACCGCUACCAGCCACGUUUCCACGUGGUCUUUGUGGACCCUCGCAAGGACAGUGCCCGCUACGCCCAGGAGAAUUUCAAGUCCUUCAUCUUCACGGAGACCCAAUUCACAGCUGUAACGGCCUAUCAAAACCACCGGAUCACCCAGCUGAAAAUCGCCAGCAACCCCUUUGCCAAAGGCUUUAGAGAGAGUGACCCAGACUCCUGGCCUGUGACCCAACAGCCACUGCUUGGCAUCCCAUCCCGGAGUCGUGGUAGCCUUGGUCCUUGCCUGCUGAAGGGCUCUGCAGAGAGGGAGAAGGACUCCAGCAGAACUUCAGUCUCCACCACCAGGAUCCCUGCCAGACCACAUCAUCAGCUCCUGCCCCCACAUGAGUCUCUGCUGGCCCCCACCACCUACAGGCCCCUCCCUUACCAGGGCCUGUACCCUGGGGCCCCAAGCCCCCUCAGAAUUCCAAGAGCUCGACAGGCACCAUACCCCCUUCCCAACAGCCGGGCAGACGGAGACCAGGGAGACCUAACCCUCCCAACUGGGUUGGGGCUCCUGUCCUCCACUGCUGGGUGCCUGGGGCUUGGCCAAGACUCUCUGUGAUGGGGAAGCCCUCCUCCUCUGGAUGACACCCCUCCUUUUCUCUACAGAGAACCUUCUCUCCCAAGGAAAGCAGGGC